CAGGCACCUCCUCCUCCUCCUCCUCCAAACAUGGCGCCGGGCCGCAGCGGUGCGUCCUCCCCGACAGAAGACGCAGUGAGGCCCGCAGAGAGGAGACGGAGACGCGGGUAGAAGUUCGUUCUCCUCCGGAUUGAACAGCUCUUCUUAACCAACCGGAGCUCGCGCUCCGUGGCGCGUGCGGCGGAGACUUUACGCGCGGCUCUUGGAGACCGUUACGCGUCCGGCUGUGCGCGUAACGGGAGGAGAACCCACCUGUCCGACGGAGGGACGCCUCGCUCCGUCUCUCGGAGGAUGUGAAUGUCCCUGAUUUACGCGGAGCAGCGGAGCAGACUGAGCGGACAGACUCGGGCAGAGAGCCGGAGAAACAUGCGCAGCCCCGGGAGGAGCGAGGAGCCCGCGGCCGCAGAGGACUGAGAGUUUCCAGCAGGAGAAAGUUUUCCACUCGACAGGAUGGAUGGAGAGAGCUCUGCGCUGUCAGGAGCAGUGGAGAGGGAGAGAGAGAGACUCCCCCCGAUCUACAACAGCUCCGCUCCGGCUGGUUUGGGGCGAGGAGUCAAGCAGCCGUUUCCGUCUCUCGGAACCUUCAUCUCCACGCUGAGCCAGAGGAGGGACUUAGGGGGGCGGGGCUUGGCUGGCGGCAUGACGGGCGCCCUGAGCAGCACCCUGGGGCCCCGACACGGGAGAGAGCUUCCUCCGAUCUGUAGCGACGUUCGUCAGAAGCAGCGUUUGUCCAUCGACACUCUGCCUCCAGAGGUCAAAGCCCCGUUCCCCUCUGACCCCGUCCUCCCGCUGAGGACCAAGACCACCAGGGAGUUCCAGGAGGACAUGGAGCAAGCCGUCCAAUCAGAGGACUGGAGGGACGUCCGAGAGUUUUACCUGACCACCUUUGACUCCUUCAUAGAAAUCAACGCUGCCUUCAAGCGAGAGGCGAACGGAUCGUUCAACACCAUAGACGACUCAGGAGUCAACGCCAAGUUUGUCAACGCUGUUUACGACGCACUGCUCAGCACACCACAGGACAUCCAGAAGUCAGUGUUGAAGGGGAUCAUCAACAGUCUGCUGAGAGAGUGGAAAGGGCCGCGCAGCAAGGACGACCUGCGGGCUUAUUUCAUUCUGGUUCAGAAUCCCCAGUAUUCAAGCACCAACACAUAUGUGAUCUAUGCUCACCUGCUGAGGCAGAUCGCAGUCCUGUCCGAGGCCGACCACCACUUCCUGGUUCACUGGCUCAAAAAGCUGUCCACACGGCGCUUCAGGCAGUUAGUAGAGCGCCUCCUGCAGUUCAUAUCCACCCGCCUGUUUCCUGCAGAACCAGACGAACUUCCUCCUCUGGCCAAGUGCUCCUGGUGGAUCCCGUCUGCCACCAAAGUGCUCAGCCUGUUCAAUGCAGCCAACAGCGUCUCCUCUCUUCCCAUCAUGCCUUUCACCGACUUCUACAACAUCACUCUGGAGCACAUAGACUUCAUGGAGGACUACAGGACCUGGCAGAACCACGGCAACUCAAACAGAUUUUCCUUCUGUCAGUUUCCCUUCAUCCUGUCGACGGUGGUGAAGAAAGCCAUCAUCCAGAAAGACUCAGAGCAGCAGAUGAUCAGUCAGGCCAGGCAAAGCCUGGUCAGUAAGGUGUCUCGCAGGCAGAGAGUCGACAUGAACCUUCUGUUCCUCAACAUUAAAGUACGACGAGCGCAGCUCCUCAGCGACUCACUGGAUGAGUUGAUGAGGAAGCGGUGCGACCUGAAGAAGAAGCUGCGGGUGACGUUCGUGGGCGAGGCGGGGCUGGACAUGGGCGGCCUGACGAAGGAGUGGUUCCUGCUGCUGGUGCGACAGAUCUUCCACACAGACUACGGGAUGUUCACCUACAUGAAGGACUCACGCUGUCAUUGGUUCAGCAGCUGGAAGUGUGACAACUACUCUGAGUUCCAGUUGGUCGGGACUCUGAUGGGUUUAGCAGUUUACAACAGCAUCGCUCUGGACAUCCACUUCCCUCUCUACUGUUACAGGAAGCUCCUCACUCCGCCCACUGCACCAUGUGACCAAAAUGCCCUCGUCGGCAUGGCAACGGCCACCCUGGACGACCUGCAGCAGAUCAUGCCGGAGCUGGCUCACGGUCUGGGAGAGCUGCUGAGCUACGAGGGAAACGUGGAGGACGACUUCUACCUCACGUUCCAGGUGUUCCAGGAGGAGACGGGCGUCGUCAAAUCCUACAACCUCAAGCCGGGAGGAGACAGAAUUCCUGUGACCAAGCAGAACAGGAAGGAGUACGUUCAGCUCUACGUCGACUUCCUGUUGAAUAAAUCCAUUUAUAAACAGUUUGCUGCCUUUUACCACGGCUUCCACAGUGUGUGUGCCUCCGACGCACUCAUGCUGCUGCGGCCGGAGGAGGUGGAGAUGCUGGUGUGCGGCAGCCCGGACCUCGACAUGAGCGCGCUGCAGAAAGCUGCUCAGUAUGAAGGAUACAACAAGACGGACGCCACGGUUCGGUGCUUCUGGGACGUGGUCCUGUCGUUCCCUCUCGAGCUGCAGAAGAAGCUCCUGCACUUCGCCACAGGAAGUGACCGCGUUCCUGUCGGAGGAAUGGCCGACCUCAACUUCAAGAUCUCCAAGAUCGACGUCCCGAUCGACUGGCUGCCGAUCUCUCACACCUGCUUCAACCAGAUCUGUCUGCCGGCGUACCGCACCAGAAAGGAGCUGAAACACAAACUCACCAUCGCCAUCUCCAACGCCGAGGGCUUCGGCCUGGAGUGACACACAGACACACACAGACAGACACACACACACAGACAGACACACACACAGACACACACACACACACACACACACACACACACACACGGCGGAUCAGAGAGGGAUGCAGUUGGGAUGUGACGAACAGAAGAAAAACAAACAGAGUCAGUUCGAUCAGAUGAAGAAAUAGAACAAUAGAAGUUUUCAGUUUAAUGAAUCAGUAGAAAAUCGUACUUACGGGUCAAAUAAAUGAAUUGUUCCAAUAUUUAAUUCCUCUGAACGACGCAGCGACGGUAACUUCCUCUGUGUUCUUAGUUAUUAUCAAUGUUCAUAUUAUUGUCUCUGACUCAGUAACAACAUUCAGAAGAAGAAUCAACGAGUUUUCAGAUGAAUGAAUUUAACUCUGAAGUGAUGGGACAGGAAGUGAGAGAUGAAGGUCAGAGGUCAGACUCUGAUGAUGUCACCGGUGUUUUAAAUGUGUUUGAUUUCACAGUUUGUUGGAGAAGAAUCACGAGAUGUUGAUUUCCGUGUGAAUAGUUUAUUUUUCGACAUGGCCGCCUGUUGUACUGAAGUGACGGCUGCAGCAGAAAUGUUUUAUCUUUUAAAUGUUGUGUGAGUGAAGCAGAGCGGUUGAUUGACAGCUCAGUGUUUUUUAAUGUUGUUUAUCAGACUGAGCAAUGAGCAGCCGACCAAUGGGAGAGAGAGUCUGUUCUGUACAUGACGACGACACGACGACACGCCCAAUCACAACAGAGUAAACCAGCUGACCAAUCAGAGCAGACUGGGCUUUAUCUUAAAGAGACAGGAGCUAAAACCAAGAGUUCGAGACAGAGGCUGAAGAGAGGAGCUGCAGCGAUGGGCAGUCUGAGGAACGUGAUGUUUUCUGAACAUUUUACAAUAAUAACACAAAUUGAAAUGAUCAGCCUGAAGAUGAACGGAAUAUUUUUCCUUUAACAUGAGAUCUGAUCAGAGUCCAGCUUACGUCACUUGCUCCUCUCGAUUGGUCCAAACAGAAACUGCUUCCUGUGUUUAGCAGCUAACGGCUGCUAGCUGCUAGCUGCUAGUCCACCACACGACUGCAGCUCAGGACCGAGCUCGACGAUAUGGACAAACAUUUCAUCAAGAUCAAGAAAAAUGUUCAUAUCAGUCGAUAUUGAUGAUUUUUUAAUUAUUAUUUCUUUCAACAGUUUUUCACCUGAGUGAAGGCUGUAGUUUUAAACUCGUCUUUAUCAGCAGAUGAUCUGGAUGAAAAUGAUAUUGUGAUAAUUCUUGAUAUUGUUUAAUCGUCCGUUAUCACAAAGUCGAGAUCUAAGAGCCUCUGAACUCUGCUCAAACUUUCUUUUAGCUUCACGUCUCAGCUGCAGCUCUGUCCUGCGUGAGGUUUCCAUGGCGACGUGUCUGAGGUCCUAACGAUGCACUUACAAAAGUAGAAGUAACCAAGCAACGGUCAGGCAGCUCGUCUGGCUGCAGAAUCCUCACUUACAACACAGGAUCUGGGCCAGUUAUUCACUGAAUGAGUCUUUUCUGUGCUUUGAACACGUCCAGAGCUGCAGGAGACGCAGCUUCGCUCCAAACAUCUGUUUGACAACGUCUUCAAGACACGUUCACGUCACGUCCGACUGAAGACGGAGAAAAAGACUGAGGAGACGUUUGAGGCCUCAGAGUGGGAGAGAAGUUCAUCAAUGUUUUAAUUUUCGGUGUGUGGGACCAAACUGUGUCGGGUCAUACACGAUGUGUGUGAACCGGAUUCAGAGGUUGUGAUGUUUGAAUUUGAAACGUGCACAUGACAGGAAACUCCUGUUUUUAUUAUUUAACAGCUGAAACCGUUAUGUUGUGUUUUCUGACAUAAAGUCUUUAAAGCGAUGAUGCUUCUGUUGCUCACGUCUUCUAUAACGAACUGUACCGAUGUGUUAACGCACGUAUCCGCAGUAAAGGUGACGAGGGGUCGCUCCUCUGGAAAAAGA